AUGGUAUUUGAGAAAUGUCUCUGCGAUUUGGGAGCUAGUGUCAGCGUGAUGCCUUUGUCUGUUGUAAAGAAGCUUGGAUUCACUCAGUACAAGAAGUGUAGACUCUCUUUGGUGUUAGCUGAUCGUUCAGUGAAGUACCCUGUGGGCAUCUUAGAGGACCUCCUUGUGAAGAUUGGAAGGUAUGAGAUACCUACAGAUUUUGUGGUGCUUGAGAUGGGCGAGGAGGCUCAAGACCCAUUGAUUCUUGGAAGGUCAUUCUUAGCUACAGCAGGAGCAAUUGUUAAGGUGAAAGAGGGCACAAUUGAUCUCUAUUUGGGAUCUCUGCCAGUAAUCUCUUCAUGA